AUGGGAGAAAUUCCAACACUUAACAGAGAACUGGCUGUUACUCUACUUCUUAAAUACGUUUCUAAACAAACCGAAAAAAAUGAAAAAGAGGAACUUAUAACAGAUUCUACACAAUUUGUUUGGCUAAUUGUUUCUACUCACAAAUUUUCAGAUAAGAAUAAAGCCAAACCUAUUAGCAUUCCAUUGAAACAUCCUUUAUAUAAUUCAUCAACAGAAAUAUGUUUGAUUACAAAAGAUCCACAAAAAGAUUUUAAAGAAUUGGUGAUUAAUCAAGGAGUAAUUGGAGUAUCCAAGUUACGUAAAAAAUAUCAACCAUAUGAGGCAAAACGUUUGUUAUGCGAUUCCUAUGAUUUAUUUUUGACAGAUGAUCGAGUAAUCAAUUACCUUCCAAAAUUGUUGGGAAAGAACUUUUUUGAAAAGAAAAAACAACCAAUUCCUAUAAAUUUAAAAGAUCCAAAAAAUUUCAAGAAAGAAAUCCUUAAAGCUUGUACAACAGAUAUGACAGCAUUACAAAUAUUAGAAAAUAUUGAAAUGGGAGUAUCUAAAAUUGUGAAUCAAAUAUCAAAAAAAUGGAUGAACAUUCAAUCAUUAAACAUCAAAACAAAUACAUCCACAAGUUUACCAAUUUUUAAUGCUUUACCGCAUUAUAUUAAAUCUAUUUUGUCUGCAAAGAAAAAGCAACAUGAUAAGAAAGGUACAGGUGAUAAAUCUUUAAAAGAUGCUAAGAAUAAUAUCAAGGUGAAAAAAUUAAAGGAAAAGAAAUCAUCUGUCUUCUAUAAGUCUUUUUUAACCUUAAUGGCGCCAGUCACUCAAUCUUCAUCGGUGUCGUCUAAAAGAACAUCAGUUCGGAAACCAGUCCCACGGGGUCCUACGGCAGAAGAAACUACUGUACGAACUGUGGCCUGGAACUGUGACGGUAGAAGACUUGCCAGUGGUUCGGUCGAUAAAACAGUUCGCCUUUGGGAAGCCGAUCAGGAAGACAUAAAAUAUUCUGUCAAAUUACUCGGACAUGAAGAAAGCGUUGAUCAACUAUGUUGGAGUCCUUUAUCACCCAACGAGUUAGCAACCGCAUCUACAGAUAGGACAGUAAGAUUUUGGGAUACAAGAGAUUCCAAAAGAUGUACUCACAUUGUAUCAACUGAUGGAGAGAACAUAAAUAUCAGUUGGAGUUGGAAUGGUGAAAUGAUUGCUGUUGGUGAUAAGGUUUGUGCAAUUAAAAUGUUAGAGUGGCCAUCUUUAUCUCAAGUACAAGUAUUGAAAGGACAUACAGCUAAUUGUUAUUGCUUAGAUUUUGAUCCUAAACAAAGAUAUGUUGCAACGGGAGGAGCGGAUGCAACUGUAACUUUAUGGGAUAUUGAAAAUGGAGUUUGUCUAAGAACAUUUAGAGGUUUAGAAUUUCCUGUACGAACAAUAAGUUUUUCAUUUGAUGGUGUAUAUUUAGCAUCUGCAUCCGAGGAUGAAUAUAUUCACGUGUCGGAUGUUGAGAAGGGUGGGAAACCAGUGUUUAAAAUUAGAACUCAAGCAGCUACGAAUUCAGUGGCAUGGCACCCAAAAGGUUAUUUAUUGGCUUUUGCCGGAGACGCCGAAGUUGAUAAACAAUACAUCGGAUUACAUGUAUUUGGAUUUAAUGACGAAAGAAUUUAA